AUGAAGUGGAGCGUCCGCGGGGCCUGCGCCGCGCUUUCCUCCUGCCUGCUGCUCGCCUGCGCGCUCAGCGCCGCCGCCGUCGGCCUCAAGUGCUUCUCACUGGGCUCAGAGCUGCGCGGGGAGCCGUUCCGGCUAGGGGCGGCCGCCGGAGCCUUUUACUCCGGGUUGCUGUUGGCCGCCGGCCUCUCUCUGCUCGGCGCCGCCCUGCUGUGCUGCGGGCCCCGAGAGGCGCCCCUCGCCGGGUCAGGGGCCGGGCCUGGCCCGGGACUCAGGGUCCCCGCAUCUCCAGCUGGUGCUCCGGAGCCCUCUCCUGGAGAAACGCGGGCGGCUGCUGGGCCCUCGGGACCGGUGAACAGCCAAAACCUGCUGCUCCUAGGCGUCCUGGUCUUCAUGCUCGGGGUUCUCAGCGCCUUUGCGGGAGCAGUGAUCGACGGCGACACGGUGUCCCUGGUGGAACGCAAGUACUCCCACUAUUGCCUGCCCCCGCGCACGGCGGCCGCUGGCCCUGGCCAGGGCACUGGCUCUGUAGCCCCAGGCACUAGCACGCAGCGCUCCCGCAGCAACCUGGACAGCAACACGACCGCCAAAUGCCGCCAGCUGAAGGACUACCAGCGCGGCCUGGUGCUCUCCACUGUAUUCAACUCGCUCGAGUGCCUGCUGGGCCUGCUCAGCCUCCUGCUGGUCAAGAACUACAAGUCGUCGCAGGCCCGGCGUGGCCGCAGGGGCCGGCGGAGGGCAAGCCGAUCUUUGGGGCGACCGCGGGGCGGACCCGGGCUCCGCGCUCAGCCGCUAGCCUCCCGGACCCGGCGCGGCCGCCGGGGCAAAAGGGGGCGGCGGCUGCAGCCACGGCCCAGCGAGGCCUCCAUCCUAUCCCCGGAGGAGUCCGACUUCACCACCCCAGGAGAUUGCGCGAGCUUCGCGGCGCACCACGCUGUGUCCUACAUCAACGUGGGCGUCUUCCACGCGUUUGACGAGGCGGGCGUGGAGGUGUGCUGUGGCGGGCACCCGUCGGUGGAACUGCCAGGGUAUGCGCCCUCGGACCCCGACCUCAACGCCUCCUACCCCUAUUGCUGCCGGCCGCCCUGUGAGAUGGCGCGCCCUUGGGAGCCUAGCCGAGCCUGCUGAGUUCAGGCCCGAUCCCCCCACAAGACACCCAAAAGGGCAGCAGUCAGGCUUUGCGUGGUGUUGUGCCUGCGUGGGGCUUGGCACUUAUUCUGGCCCGGCCUUGUGAUAUCUGCCAGACUAUAGGACACUAUAUGGUAUUCUCCUUUCUGUGUGAGGAGGUGUCUCCUUUCUGUGUCGUUCAUAUCCGGACUCCAUUUAAAGUUUACAAUAAAUGUUUGGGGUGGGCUCGUCGAUCACACUUCUCUUAGGCAAGCCCAUACCCCAGGACUGUGCUUGGAGGUCCUGGGUCGAAUGGGCAAGAACAGAACGCCUAGCAAAGGUGAUUUCCUGUAGAGGACCUCGACUGAGAGUGCAAAGCAGUUGGAACUGUAGGAACAGAAGUAAAGACCAACCAACAGCAACACUUUGUACCCGGAUGUGCCUGCUUCUGUCGACACUUUCUUACUGUAAAGCUCUCCAUAAACAGUGAAAAUGUUUGGUAAAUUUAUUGCAAUUUGACAUUGGGUUUCAAUGUGUAGCCCUGACCUCAC